AGAAAUUAUCCUAUGAAAGAGAAAAGAGAAAGCUAGAUCUGGAAUAUCAACAACAGUUGUCCAAGAAUAAGCAGUCUGCAUCUGAGUCAACAUUUUCACAAGGUACUGUAAAAAUGCCAAAGUUAGUUAUAUCCAAGUUCUUGGGGACACCCCAAGAUUGGGUGCGAUUUUGGGGACAAUUCGAGGCGCAGAUUCAUAAGGCUGAGCUUUCCGCUGUGACCAAGUUUUCCUACUUAAAGGAACUUGUUGAGCUGAGAGUUAGAAAGCUCAUUGAUGGGCUCCCAUUUACUGAUGCAGGUUAUGAGAAAGCAAUAUCUUUGCUGCGAAAAUGCUAUGGACAGCCUGAUGAG